AUGAAAAGUGCAAACCGGCUACAAUUGACCGAGUCGAUCGUUUGUGAACGGGUAAUCAAUCGGUCCAUCGCCGUCGUCAUCUAUGCUCCUCUAAUACAACGGGAAACUGAACCCGAGUAUCUUCUACGAGUAUCAUCUACCGCCUACGCUCUCGGGUUUUACAGUAUACCAACAAUAGGCGUUAUGGUCAGGGAGGCAGAGUUUAGCAAAAAGAAGAUCUACCCAACGUUCGUUCGACCAACACCACCGUAUGCUGACGAAUCUUACGUGUUUCUGAAAUUGCUUCAAAGGCUCGGAUAUCGACAGGUAAUGUAA